AUGGUUGUACGGGAUCAACAGGCUUACUGUCUUUUUCUAUGCGCACGUAGAGAAGCUCUCCUGAAGAUCACUUAUCCACCUUUAUCCGUUAGCAAACAGCCUCAAUUUAUUUAUUCCCCUUUUCAUAAAUUCUUGGCACGUCAACAUUCUUUUCUGUCCAUGUCUUCCAUAAACGAAAAGAAGGCCGAUCUUCACGAAACAGAAAUCAAGAGUGUUUCAGAAGUCGAUUACGAAUAUGGCAACGAAGGUGGUCUCAUCGAUAUUAACCGUGACCAUGCCGGUUCCUCUUGGAUGGCCUAUUUCAACGUUGUGUGUGUUGUAGCAGGCACUGGUACACUGGGUCUUCCUGUGGCACUCAAGCAAGGAGGCUGGCUUGGCGUGUUCAUUCUUUUCCUCUCGUGGGGCAUGUCCAUCUACACAGGUAUCAUUCUCGUGCGGUGUCUCUACGCGAACGGCAAAACACGACUUCACACUUACAAAGAAAUUGCUACGACCGCGUACGGCUGGAUAGGUGGCUGGGUCACCUUUUUCUUCAACGCCUGGAUUGUGUUGGGUGCUCCUGUGCUGUAUAUGGUCUUGGCCGGUCAAAACUUGAAUCAAUUAUGCAAAGGCACGGCGGGUGAGCUUGGCAAUACGCCGUGGAUCAUUAUUUCGUGUGCGAUCAUUGCUGUUCCGUUUGUGCUUGUCAAGACAUUGAAAGAAGUGGCGUGGAUGUCCGCGUUUGGUGCGCUUGCCACCGUGGUCGUGGUCUUGAUCUGUCUCGUGAUGUCGGCGAUCGACAAACCCAACCAAGUGAAUAUCCAGCACAACGCUGUUAUCUGGAACAUGUUUCCUAUUGCUCUCAGUACCAUCUCUUUCAGUUUCGGCGGUAAUGUGGUCUAUCCACACGUCGAGGCCUCGAUGAAGAACCCGCGCGACUGGCCCAAGGUCGUAGCGGGUGGCUUGAGCACCUGUGCUGCCAUGUAUCUUGUCACGGCUAUCUCUGGUUAUUUGAUCUAUGGCACGACGGUCAAAUCACCUAUCUACGACUCGAUUCCUGCGGGCGUCCCUCAAAUCAUUGCUGUGGUCGUCAUUACCAUCCACGUCUUGAUGGCCGCGCCUAUUCUCCUCACCUCCUUCUCUCUCGACAUUGAAGAAAUGGCCAAUAUCAGCGUAGAGCGCUUUGGAAAAGUCAAAGAAUUCUUGCUCCGUGCUUCGAUCCGUUUGGCCACCAUGGUGGUCGUCGGUGUCAUCUCCUGCAUAGUGCCGCAUUUCGGUGAAUUGAUGUCGUUGAUUGGUGCCUUUGCCAACUGUGCUCUCAUCUUUAUCUUUCCCGUGUUGUUCUACCUCAAAUUGACAGGUUUCCGUAACAAGUCCAUUUUCGAGUUGUUUUGGUGUUUCUUGGUCGUUUUACUUGGUCUUGUCGGUCUUAUUUUUGGUACCAUCGAAGCCAUCAAAGAAUUGAUUGCUGCUUUUCAUUAA